AUGACACAUGAAACUGUACUCGUGCACUCAAGCAACACGGAUAUACCUGGAGGUUGUGCCUGUACUAGUUUCGGUGGUGACCUUACGCACAGUCUGGCAACGAAGCGUGUCGCCGACUCGAACCAGAUUGUAGAUGUGCCACAUAUCUUCGGCUUCUUCGCAUAUCAGUGUUACAUCUCUUCAAUAUCAUCAUUUACUACAACAUUCAAGGCAUUCUUCAUCGAAGAUUACAUGAAACUUAAACGCCUAAAGCUUGGGAUCUAG